AUGCAGACCUCACUCAACACCAAGUUCGAUUUCUCCGCGCGACCUCGCAGCCAUUCCAACAUCGAAGCUGCAUUCUCUCCCGUCAACAACGAUGGCUGUUUCGACUUUGAUCGUGUUGUGAAGAGUGGCUAUGUGCAGAAGCGCACCCAAAAGACCAAGGUAUGUGCUAUCCUGAGUUGGAAGAGCGUCUUUCUUGUGCUACGACCUAACACCAUCUCCCUGUACAAGACUGACAAGGAGGACCGUUUGCGACACCAAAUCUACCUGUCGGAUCUUACUGCCGUCGCCGAACUCAAAGACCCUAAGCACAAGCGCCAGAACGUAUUUGGGCUCUUUUCGCCGUCCCGCAACUACCACUUCCAAGCGCAAUCUGCCCAGGAGGCACAGGAAUGGAUCGCCUUGAUUCGAAAGGAUGCGCGCAUCGACGAGGAGGAAGACGAGAUGUUUCUGUCCAGCCCGAGAGUCACGCGACAGUCCCUGGGUGGCAUGAACCCAGUUCCUAUCAAUGGUUCGCUGGAUCGACUGGGCGAGAACGAGCGUUUCCUUUCAAGCUCUCCUGAGCCACUGGCCGCGUCAACCUCCAAGUUCGGCACUUCCGGGGGCAGGAGGAGAUCAUCUAUACUCGAAUCUUCCGGUUUGUCCGGCGCGGAGUUUGCGUCCCACUCCGAUCUCUCCGAUACCGAGGGUCUCCGCGCUCAAGAUACCUCAUUCGAAAGCUUCGCCGUUCAGUCGCACACCAGCCUCCCUCCGCCAGGCCCCAUUCGCCAGCCGGGCAUGGGUAUUCGCUCCGCCAGCCAGACCAGCGUGUCCAACAUUGACCAGGACCCAGACCGUGUCAUCUGGCAGGGCUGGCUCUACUUUUUGCGCAACCGCAGUGGAAUGCGCCAGUGGAAGGACAUGUGGGCUGUACUCCGGCCCCGUAACCUUAUCCUCUACAAGGAUGAGUCUGAGUAUACAGCUCGCUGGAUCCUACCGCUUUCCUCGAUUGUCAACGUUGUUGACAUGGACCCCCUGAGCAAGAACAAGAGGCAUUGCCUGCAGGUCAUCACCGAGGAGAAGAGCUACCGCUUCUGCGCCCACGACGAGGAUGCCCUCGUUCGUUGCAUCGGCGCCUUCAAGAGCCUACUCGCCAAGCGCCGUGAACUCGAGGCCCGCGUUGUAGUGGUGCCUUCAUGACCAAAGGCCCGCCGACCAUGAACAAUUAACAACAAGGCCUAUGUGCCACGGGCCUCGACGAAACAGUAGCACCCUUGACGAAUUACGACGCCCAACGUUUUCUUGUUUCUGUCUGAUAGCGAACCACUUGAUCUACUUGUCUACCUUUUGUUUGUUUAGCGAGACUGGCAAAAAGAGGAGGGAUAUCCCAUGCUUUUGGAGGAGUUUUCUUUUUUUCGUUUGUUCCCACAUAGCGCCUGUCCAUACGCAAGACCUGCUUCAUUUUGUAUCCAUAGUACAUACCUAUCAAUGAUAUCCACCAUACCUAGC